UCCUGGCGGCUGACUCGAAAUUGUGCAGACAACAUGGCGGCCCCCGUGAGGGCAUUGUGCUGCUCAGCGCUGAGGUGCUCGACGAGACGGUUCAGCACCACCUGUGGAGUCCAGGCUGGAGAGAAGUGGAGGAAGGAACAUGGACUUGCUAGAAGUGGCACCGAAUAUGGACCUCUGACAGAUCUGCCUGAUUGGUCUUUUGCAGACGGACGGCCAGCACCUCCAAUGAAGGGCCAGCUGAGGAGGCGGCAAGAGAGAGAAGCUUUAGCUAGACGUAUCGUGAUGCUGAACUCGGAGGUGGACAGAGGAGUAGAGGCGUGGAGGGAGAAACAGGAAGAGGCCAAAAGAAUGGAGGAGCACAAAAAGUCUCUUUUACUGAAACCUAAAGGGAAGCUACUAAUGAAGAAGAAAUCUCAAAGUUAGAAGCUGAUUAUCCUUAUUUUGAUCAAUCUGUUGAUAUUCAGGCUUAUGGGUAUAUUUAUGAUGUGAACCUAUGGGUUUUCUCCUGCUCUGCCGUUUCUGUUUUUCUCUGUUCAUGCAAUAAAUGUUUCUGCUUUAUACUC